UGGCUGGUGAAAUAUUUUGGCUGGUGAAAUAUUUUGGCGGGCGGUGGAACGACGACCUUGAUCGGAGCGCGCGACUACUAAAUACUUGUCGACUUCGCCGCCUGUCCGGACGGACGACGUGGACGUGGGGGCGCAGAAAACGUUAGCUGAACAAGUUGGCAGUGGAGGGUCCGCUGUUAAACGAGCGAUAGCAGUACAGCCGUUAAACGAACGCAAGCAAGCAAGGCGCGUAAGGGCGGGAGCGGGAGAUGUAUUGCUAAAUGCUGAAUGACUCUGUCCGUGCGUAAGGUCAUUCACUGUGGCGAGCAGUUUCGGCGGGAGCUCCUUCAGUGUGGCUUACCCGUUCUGGCGAUUCUGUCCUUCACAUUAGAGCUCGGCAGAAGACAGGGUUUCAACGGUUACGGCACAGAAAGGGGGUGCAAUGUGUACGUGCGAGGUGGAUGCCUCCUUGAACUCCAGAAGACGGCAAACGACUAUCUUGGCGGCAAAGAGAGAAGUAAUGGGUGGUAUAAGAGAAACUUCUCCGAAUGCUUUCUGGUGGUGAUUGCCCAAUCCGCAGAACGCUACAUUGCUACUUUACGACGGCUCCUGACGUAACGGCGGGCGAGGGAAAAGGCGGUGCUUCCCGAGGAGAGGAGGAUCAAGAAAAGGGGCAAGUGGUUGGCUACGGCAAUCCGCAUGCCCCUCCUUCCAGGGGCUUCGCAUCCAGGGGAUGUCUUGGGCCUGUGGGGACAUCUACCCUGGCACUUCCAGCCUCGCGGACAAUCUUGAUAAGAAGCUCCUGGUGAUACUCCGUGAUGGUAGGAAACUCAUUGGCAUCCUGCGGUCAUUUGAUCAAUUUGAGCGGCCAGACCUUCCACCACAGAUGAUUAACGUGUCGCUUGCUGAAAUCAGAGAGGCGCAGAAAGCGGAAAAGGAAGCGUCAGAGUUGAAAUGCAUGAUGCGCAAGCGAAUGGGAGAAUUUCUGGACAUAGAGUGACAUUGGUUUUCCCAUUAUACACAGCAGAGAAGGAGAAAGAGGGGGAGGGGUGGGGGGUGGGGGGAGGGGGGUAGGGGCAGGGGGUUGGCGUUUUUUUGGUUGUGUGGGAUGGUUCUGACUUUAGUACAUUAUAUUAUUAUUACGGCCUAGUCUGUGUCUAGGUUUAUAGGAAUCAGCAGCACUUGGGCUUUUUAUUUUCCGCCGUCGUUUAGAUGACUGGUUGUAAUCUUGUCCCGUGUUCAUAUCCGACCGGCAGCAUUUGCUUUUCUCUUUGAAACUCGUCCCCCGCCGAUUGUUUCUUUUUUGAGUAUCCAGCGGACUGAACACUCGCCUUGCUUAACCAGCAGACAAAUAAGAGUCGUUUACGCUCAGCACGGUGAUAUGUUUGUUGAGUUGCUGUGUCUGGUCCUUGGGAAUUGUGGUCUUACGUACAUGAGCUAUUUUUAGUGUCCAAAGGUUUGAUAAGCUUUUGGAUACAGUUCUUAGCUCCUUAGCUUGUUUUUUUUUUCCUGUUCCAUUUCUAUAUCGCUUACACUGCUCCUAGUCACUUCUCCUCUGUCCGUCUCUCUGUCAGUAUAUCUGCCUGGCUGUGUGUGUGUUUGCCUUUUUUUUUUAUUGCUAUCGGCACUGCUUUGUCUGUUGCCAUUGCUGUUCAAGCUGCUUUUGUUUGCUAUCGGCACUGCUUGUGUUUGUCUUCGCGAAUGCACUCGGAACUGGAAUGGUCGGUAGGAUGGUCCCAUCCAGAACAGAGGAAUGAGAUCAGCAGCGGGCCGCCGGGGGCCGCAGGGAGGAUGAAGAUCAUUUUGUGCUUGGCACUGGUGGCAGUGAUGAUGUUGGCAGUGAUGGGUGCAGCCAAGUUGUCGGAAAUGACCGUGAAGUUUUGGGCGGGUCGUAGCAAAAGCACCUUCAUGAAGAUGGUCGUCUUGAUGCUGGCGAUUGCGAUGAGGCGGCGUCUUAUGGGAGCCAAAAUUUUGGAUACAGAUUGGAUCUUGCAAGCGGAAUCGCCAGCGUUGCUAAUAAGGAGAUAGUGAUCAUCAUUAUCUUGAGGGUGAGAUGAGUUGGUGGUCUUUGUUCCAUCAUGUCAUACACUUGUUUAACUGUCCCCAUUAGUUCAGACCCAUACACACAUCCACACCCAUGCGUGCACACACACACACACACACACACACACACACACACACACACACACACACACACACACACACACACACACACGCACGCACACACGCACACAGAGACACACAGAGAGAGACAAACAGACACACACACACAUUGAGGCAGAGGCCUGGCUUACCUACGUGGUUGGUAGCGCUAGCUUGCUUACUCGCUGGGUGUAAAUGCCCGUAUUAUGUAUGUUGACGAUGGUUAUGUGGAUCUUCAUUGGAGCCGAAAUGUGUAAUAAAUACUAUAGGGCGGC